UUGAUGACAGAUGUGUAGUGCAGCCUGAUGCUGGUGACCUUUCCAAUCCCCCCAAAAAAUUCAGAGACUGCCUUUUCAAGAUCUGUCCUAUGAACCGGUACACUGCUCAGAAGCAGUUCUGGAAGUCUGCUAAACCAACCAUAUCCACUGCCACUGAUGCCGUCUUACUCAAGAAACUACAACAUGCAUCAGAAUUGGAGAAGAAGCAGAACGACUCUGAGAAUAAGAAACUACUGGGCAGUGUGAUCCAAUAUGGCAGUGUCAUUCAGUUACUACAUCUGAAGAGCAACAAGUUUCUGACAGUCAAUAAACGUUUGCCGGCUCUUCUGGAGAAGAAUGCAAUGCGUGUUACUCUCGAUGCCAAUGGUAACGAAGGUUCCUGGCUGUACAUUGUGCCUUUUUACAAACUUAGAUCACAGGGAGACAAUGUUGUGGUUGGUGACAAGGUAGUCUUGAAUCCAGUCAAUGCAGGGCAACCACUGCAUGCAAGCAACUAUGACUUGGUUGAUAAUGCAGGGUGUAAAGAGGUAAACGCAGUGAACUGUAACACAUGCUGGAAGGUUUCUCUCUUUAUGGAACACAAGGAAAACAUUGAAGAAGUUUUGAAAGGGGGAGAUGUUGUAAGGUUGUUCCAUGCAGAGCAGGAAAAGUUUCUAACGUGUGACGAGUACAAAAAGAAGAGCUAUGUCUUUCUCAGAACUACUGGCAGAGCAUCAGCAACGGCCGCUACAAGCUCCAAAGCAUUGUGGGAAGUGGAGGUUGUUCAGCAUGAUCCAUGUAGGGGUGGGGCUGGUCAUUGGAACAGCCUCUUUCGAUUCAAACAUCUUGCCACAGGACAGUAUCUAGCUGCUGAGGCCGACAAUGACCCCACCAAAGACCCAACCAGAGAGAAGCUCAGGGGGCCACACGGAGGUACGACCUACCACCUUGUACCAAUGCACCAUGGCAACGACAUUGCCUCCAUAUUUGAACUGGACCCUACCACUCUACAAAGGGGGGACUCCCUUGUACCAAGGAAUUCAUAUGUUCGUCUUCGUCAUCUGUGCACAAACACAUGGGUUCAUAGUACCAGUAUACCAUUGGAUAAAGGAGAAGAUAAACCUGUCAUGUUAAAGGUUGGCACAGCCCAGACGAGGGAAGACAAGGAAGCCUUUGCCAUUAUUCCUGUCCCACCCGCUGAAGUAAGAGAUCUGGACUUUGCCAAUGAUGCCAAUAAGGUCCUAUCCACGAUAUCAUCCAAGCUCGAGAAGGGCGCCAUCACUCAAAAUGAAAGGAGAACGGUGACCCAACUUCUGACGGACCUGGUGUACUUUGUGGCCUUGCAGGAGAACCAAGGAGGAGAAGCUCUUGCAGUCGUCAUCACUAACCCUGAUAGAGAUAAACAGAAGCUAAUGAGAGAACAAGAUAUCUUGAAACAGAUAUUCAAAAUCUUGCGGGCACCUUUCAAGGGUGAGCACGCCAUGUUGAAGUUGGAGGAGCUGGCCGAUCCGAGACACGCUCCGUACCGUCAUAUAUGUAGGCUGUGCUACAGAAUCUUGAGACUCUCACAGCAGGCAUACAGGAAGAACCAGGAAUAUAUUGCCAAGCAAUUUGGCUUCAUGCAGGAGCAGAUUGGUUACGAUGUGCUCGCUGAGGAUACCAUUACCGCCCUACUCCAUAACAACAGGAAGCUCCUUGAGAAACACAUCACCGCGGCAGAGAUUGAGACAUUUGUCAACCUCGUCAGAAAGAACAAGGAGAGAAGAUUCUUGGAGUAUCUAUCGGACCUGUGUGUGUCUAACAACCAGGCUAUCCCUAUCACCCAAGAGCUCAUCUGUAAAUCAGUUCUCAAUGAUAGAAAUAUGGACAUUCUCAUCGAGACCAAAUUGGUAAAGACAGAGCUCGAGUUGGAGAUAGAAGUGGAAGGGGAAGACGGCAUACCUGGUGAACCGGUCAUCACCAUCGAGGAAGAGGAGGAGGUCGUUCUUUUCUGGGAGAAGGGUCAAAGGUCAAAGGGUGUAAGAGAGCUUGCCAUGGGUGCUGCGGACAAUGUCCGAGAAGAUUUGGAUGUUCUUGGUUAUUACAGGUAUCAGCUUGAUCUGUUCUCCCAGAUGUGCCUUGAUCGUCAGUACCUUGCCAUCAACCAGAUCUCCAUCCAGCUUGACAUUGAUCUUAUCCUCCGCUGCAUGGCCGAUCAGAGCCUUCCGUACGACCUACGUGCGUCCUUCACCAGGCUCAUGCUUCACAUGCACGUCGAUCGUGAUCCCCAGGAGCAGGUCACCCCUGUCAAGUACGCCAGGCUUUGGUCUGAGAUACCCACUCAAAUUACCAUCGAUGACUAUGAUACUCAUAAUAACGUAGGAAACACUCAAGCCAAAGAGGAUGUCCGACCCAAGUUCUCGGACACUAUCAAGUUUGUAGAGGAAUACUUGUGCAACGUGGUCUCAGCUACUUGGUCUUUCGCGGACAGUGAACAGAACAAACUCACCUUUGAGGUGGUGAACCUGGCCAAGAACUUGAUCUACUUUGGUUUCUACAGCUUCAGCGAACUUCUCCGUCUAACGAAGACCCUCCUGUCUAUCUUGGACUGCACUCCGGCCUCAAGUCUAGCCCUCGGUGGAAAAUUAGACCCAACCCGUGAGAUUGAGCCGCCAAAACAAGGAAGAGGUGGGGUGUUCCGAUCCAUCCAUGGGGUCGGGGCGGUGAUGACCAACAUGGUGCUAGGAACUGGUCUACCUAAUGCCGGUAGAACACCCAACACAGCCAACAAGACCAACAGACUAGAUCCAGGCAACAAAGAGGAUGAGAGGGUCAUGGAAACUAAACUCAAGAUCAUACAGAUACUCCAGUUCAUUCUGAACGUCAGAUUGGACUACCGCAUCUCCUGCCUCCUGUCCAUCUUCAAACGCGAUUUCGACGAGACCAAAGACGGUCAGGACCAGGCCAACCAGCAGCAGCAGCAGUCAGUCCCAAACCAGAACGGUUCCACCGGCUCAGGAACAACCUCCCAUGUAUCCAACAACACGGGGACAUCCGUAGGUGGCACAGACCAAUCCGGAAUCAACCUGGAAGCCAUCGGAGACCAGGCGGAAGGUAUCUUCGAGGGCCAGAUGGAUGGGGUUGACCUGGACCUCGAUGGGCAAGGGGGCAGGACGUUCCUGAGGGUCCUGCUUCAUCUGACUAUGCACGACUACCCACCUCUGGUGUCCGGUGCAUUGCAACUGCUCUUCAGGCAUUUCAGCCAGAGGCAAGAGGUGCUUCAAGCCUUUAAGCAGGUACAACUGCUGGUGACCAAGAAAGACCGAGAGAACUACAAACAGAUCAAGGCCGACCUGGAUGAACUCCGGCUGCUUGUAGAGAAGUCAGAGCUCUGGGUCUACAAGAGCAAGCUAGACAGGAGUCGAAAGAAGAAAGAUGACGAUGAUGACGAUGACAAGAGAAAAAAGUCGAAAUCAAAAUCGAAACUGAUGACACAGGCAAGCAGUGCUGGAGAAGGGUCAUCUAUCGACCUUGAUCUUGGACCUUUGGUUGACCCAACAAGUGCUCGUAACUACAAGACAAUCCAACAGAUACUAUGUCGCCUGAGUGCCUUGUGUAUAAAUGAGAGUGGUGGAGUACGGAAGAACAACAAGCAUGAACAGAGAUUGCUGAGGAACAUGGGUGCCCAUGCAGUGGUUCUGGAACUCUUACAGAUUCCAUACGAUAAGGCAGCUGAUACAAGGAUGUUAGAGCUGCUGCGAUUGGCCCACGCGUUCCUGCAGAACUUUUGCUGGGGGAAUCCAUCCAAUCAGCUCCUGCUUCACAAACACAUUCAUCUCUUCCUCAAUCCAGGGCUGCUGGAAGCAGAGACCAUGAGGCAUAUCUACAUGGAUAACGUCCAGCUGUGCAGUGAGGUAUCAGAGAAGGUCGUCCAGAGCUUUGUCCAUCACAUAGCCACUCAAGGCCGUCACGUCCAGUACCUCAAAUUCCUGCAAACCAUCGUCAAGGCCGACGGACAGUACAUCCGGAAAACGCAGGAUAUGGUUAUGUCAGAAUUGGUGAGUGCCGGUGAAGACGUCCUUCUGUUCUACAACGACAAGGCCUCCUUCAGUUCCUUCAUCAACAUGAUGAGGAUGGAGAGGGAACGCAUCGAUGAUUCCAGCCCCUCCCAGUACCACAUCCAUCUGGUACAGCUCCUGGCAUGCUGUACAGAAGGCAAGAAUGUCUACACCGAGAUCAAGUGCCAUUCGCUCCUUCCGCUCGAUGACAUCGUGAGGGUGGUGACGGAUAUUGACUGUGUGCCAGAGGUCAAGAAUGCUUACAUCAAUUUCUUGAAUCAUUGUUACGUGGACACUGAGGUCGAGAUGAAAGAAAUCUAUACAAGCAACCACAUGUGGGAUCUCUUUGAAAACUUCUUAGUCGAUAUGGCACUGGUAUGUACUGCAACAACAGACAGAAAACACACAGAUAUCAUGCUUGAGAAGUAUGUUACAGAGACUGUAAUGAACAUCAUUACAACAUUCUUCAGCUCACCCUUUGCUGAUCAGAGCACAGCUGUACAGUCCCACCAACCCAUGUUCGUGCGGCUUCUACAAGGUGCUUUCCGUGUCUCAUUGUGUCAGUGGUUGUCAGGGCAACAGAAGUUCCAUGUUGAAAACUGUAUCAAGACUCUCACUGAUAUUGCUAAGAACCGAGGCAUUGCGAUUCCCGUAGACCUUGACAGCCAGGUGAACACCAUGUUCUCUCGAUCUCAAACCCUGAUGAAACACACCCGUCAUUGGUUGAGCCAAGGAAGACUCAGAAGAGACUCUAUGAUGGCCAUCUCCAGAGACUACAGAACAAUCAUCGAAGGCUUACAGGAUAUUGUAUCAAUUCUAGAGGAUCAGCUGAGACCUCUAGUCCAGGCCGAGUUAUCUGUGCUCGUAGAUGUGCUACAUAGGCCGGAGCUCCUCUUCCCAAUUGGUACUGAAGCUAGACAGAAAUGCGAGAGCGGAGGCUUUAUCAGCAAGUUGAUAAAGCACACUGAGAAGUUGUUGGAGGAAAACGAAGAGAAGCUUUGUAUCAAGGUACUACAAACGUUGAAAGAGAUGAUGACCGUUGACAUCAACUAUGGAGAAAAGAUGGCUUCCUCCCAUUAUAGGCACUUGAUAUCACCCAACUUGAGAGCACAUUUCCUAAUGAAGGGGGAGAACCUGCGGCAGUCACUGCUCUACCGCUACUACGGCAAGUCGCAUCCCCACUACACCCGGGAUGCCGAGUCCACCCACCACCACCACCAUAGGAUGUCCACCGUGGUCAGCCCAGGUAACCCCGGUAACAUGAUGCUGAGUAGGGCCGAGUUGACACUGGCCCAGGUCCAGAACCAGCUGGACCAACAGGGCGCAUCCGUCCUGGUGAUAGACCUGGUGACAAAGAACAGUAGUAACAGGGUGUUCCAGGAGAGUGUGGAACUAGGAAUAGCUCUGCUGGAGGGCGGCAAUCCAAACAUCCAGAAAUCCAUCAUCAAGCAUCUCUCGUCGACGGACAAGAAAUCCGAGCGUUUCUUCAAGGUGUUCUACGACAGGAUGCGGGAUGCCCAGGCAGAGAUCAAAGCAACGGUAACGGUGAAUACAGGGGAAGGCAUCGCUGGCAAAGCAGCUGAUGAGAAGGAGACAGGUGGAGGAGGAGGGGGCGGAGGAGGGGGUAAAGAGACUUCUCUUGGAGGCCAUGCAAGAAGGAUACGAAUGCACAAUGGUUCCAUCAGCGAUGACCUGAAGGAGCAGCUGGUGGAUGCUGCGCUGCACACCAGCAAGGCUUUCUCUGCCCUGAGGAAGGGACGGGACGAUGACCUCGGAGAGAGGGGCGGCAUCGGGAUGGCCAACAUGGAUGCCUUGGGUCAGAUCGAGAAGAACAAGGAUGACGAGAAGGGGCUGAUGAGUCCGGAGGUCACCAUCAUGGAACCGAUCCUCAGGUUCUUGCAGCUCAUGUGUGAAAACCACAAUAGAGAUCUGCAGAACUUCUUGAGACACCAGAACAGCAAGACCAACUACAACCUUGUGAGCGAGACUCUGCAGUUCCUGGACUGUAUCUGUGGAAGCACCACCGGAGGAUUAGGACUGCUAGGAUUGUACAUCAAUGAGAAGAAUGUCACCCUCAUCAAUCAGACUUUGGAAAGUCUUACUGAAUACUGCCAAGGACCUUGCCAUGAUAACCAGAACUGUAUUGCUAACCAUGAAUCGAACGGGCUUGACAUCAUCACUGCUCUCAUCCUAAAUGACAUCAAUCCACUCGGCAAGAACCGUAUGGAUCUUGUUCUCAAACUCAAGAAUAAUGCAUCUAAACUUCUACUGGCCAUCAUGGAGAGUAGACAUGACAGUGAGAAUGCAGAGAGGAUCCUUCUCAAUCUAAGCCCCAAACAGCUGGUUGAAGUGAUCAAACAAGCCUACCAACAAGAAGAUUUGGAGGUGGACGAGGACGAAGAGAUGGGUGGCGAUGAUGAGGAGGAGGCUAUAUCACCACGGGAAGUUGGUCAUAACAUCUACAUCCUGGCUCACCAGCUUUCCCAACACAACAAGGAAUUACAAGCCAUGUUGAAGCCAGCUAAUCCUGCAGACUUCAGUGAGAAGGCAUUAGAAUACUAUGCAGGCCAUACAGCUCAAAUUGAGAUUGUACGUCAGAACCGCACUAUGGAGCGGAUUGUGUUCCCGGUGCCUCCGGUGUGUGAGUACUUAACAAACGAGACCAAGACCAAGGUCUUUGUGACUGCGGAGAGGGACGAACAGGGUAGCAAGGUGGCAGACUUCUUUGAUCGAACGGAUGACAUGUUCAUGGAGAUGCAGUGGCAAAAGAAACUCAGAGCUAAACCAUUCUUAUCCUUGGCAAGUAACAACAUGACGAGAUGGAGCUACAUGUGUUUCACUCUGCAUAUUGUAAUGAACAUCAUUGUAGCUUUCUUCUAUCCAUUCAAAGACGGUACAUUAGAUUUUGACCCCCGUCUGUCUAGACUGGUGUGGACGGUGAUGUUCCUGUCUCUAGCUACCAUUCUAGCCCUACCUAAGCCAUCGGGGAUCAGGACGUUUGUUAUAGCAUCGGUGCUACAGAUGAUCCUUCUUGUAGGGGUCAUACCUACUCUCAGGUUCCUGGGCAUUCUUAAUAUCACAACCAAAAUAGUAUUUAUAAUGAGUUUCUUUGGCAACCGAGGCCUGAUGAACAAGCGGUUUCGCAGUGUAAUCACAAAUCCUGAGGUGCUCUAUCACUUUCUCUAUGUUGGUAUGUGUGCGUUGGGUAUAGCAGUCAACCCUCUCUUCUACAGCGUGUUGAUGUUAGAUGUAGUAUAUCAAGAAGAGACGCUUCAUAACGUCAUCAACUCUGUGACACGUAAUUGGAGGUCAAUUGCCUAUACCACGCUACUGGCCCUCAUCUUAGUCUAUCUCUUCUCGAUCGUGGGGUAUCUCAACUUCCGGGACGACUUUGUGAUUGGCGUUACCCCACCGCAGCACAACGCCACCUCCCGUGUUAUCUCACCGUCUGUCCCCACAUCCCCACCCUCCAUGCAAGACCCCGGCCCCGUCUGUAUUGCAGGAGGUGGGAUUAACUGCAGCGGCCAGAGUGAGAAACCUAACAUCUACAUUAAGCCAGAAGAAGAAGCUGAGAGUUCAGAGACGGCCAUUGCUGUAGAGGAUGAAGGAGAAGACGAGAGAUUCUGCGAUACUCUGAUCAUGUGCAUUAUAACAACCCUCAACCAUGGGCUCCGGAGUGGAGGGGGAAUCGGAGACGUUCUCAGAAGCCCUUCAAAUGGGGAGCGAUGGUUUGGUCUGAGGGUGAUGUACGAUCUCCUCUUCUUCUUCCUCGUCAUCAUCAUCGUCCUCAAUCUCAUCUUUGGUGUCAUCAUCGACACGUUUGCCGAUCUUAGGAGUGAAAAACAGCAGAAGGAUGAAAUCCUGCGGAACACCUGCUUCAUAUGUGGACUGAACAGAUCGUCCUUUGAUAACAAAUCAGUGACAUUUGAAGAGCAUAUAAAGGAGGAGCAUAAUAUGUGGCACUACGUGUACUUUAUUGUGUUAGUCAAAGUCAAAAACUCAACAGAAUUUACAGGACCAGAGAGUUAUGUCUCGGACAUGAUUAAGGAGAAAAACUUGGAGUGGUUCCCAAGGAUGAGAGCGAUGUCCUUAGCAGCUGAUGAAGGGGAGAGUGAACAAAACGAACUGAGGAAUCUACAUAGUAUGUUAGAGAGUACAACCAAACUGGUACAGACGCUCAGUUCUCAACUUGCUGAACUCAAAGACCAGAUGACUGAGCAGAGGAAACAGAAGCAGAGAAUCGGACUUCUCAGUACACCAGCAUUACCAUCCAUGGGACCUCCAUGAACUUUGACCUCCGACCUUUGACCCCACCUUAGAGUAUCUUCGAACCCACCCAGUAACCUUUCACCUCUAUUUGUUAUAAAUUCUCUCUUUUUUUGGUCACAUAUAAUUUGAUUAAAAAUCUUGCUACAUUGUAACAUGUUUGAAGUUGACAAACCAUUGUGCAAGUGAUUUUGUAUGGCUUGUACACGUAGUUACAGGUUAUACAUUGAUCACAGCUUUAAAUCUGUAUUUCAUGUUGCUUUCGCUAAUUUGAAUGUAGUAAACAUGCCAUUAUACAUUAUACAAAUAGCGAAUAGGCAUGAGUGCGAUGGUGCGAGAUUUCGCAUGAGGUGAAAGAAAGAUGCUCUAUUCAACGAGGCGUUAGCCGAGUUGAAUAGAGUGUUUCUUUCUUUCACCGAAUGCGAAAUCUCGCACCAUUGCACGAAUACGAAUAUUCGCUAUUUGUGUUGUACAACGCCUCGGAGUUUAGCGAAUUUAUGAAAAAACAAAGAGUUUUUCCUGCAGUAAUCUAUGAAAAGGGAGCAAAAAUAUGAAAAGCGAAAAGCAAAAUCCCACAAGCGAACACCUCGGGCAUCAUUGCGCAUUUAGCCAGCAGGCUAUACGCGUAUUGCACCUGCAUUUUUACUGAGCGCAAUGAAUUGAAUCGUAUUGUGACGUCACCUCCUGAAGCCGUGCAACGGUACAUUUUGGAUGGUACGUCUUUUGUGCAACGGUACGAAUGUUUGACAUUCAGCCUCCCAUUUGCUCGCGUACAACAAGCUAAGUAGGCGUUGUACAAUAGUUCAUUAUCCAUGUUGGAUAUGUUUCUGUUUGUGAUACACUUAAUAGUAUUCCCAUUUAUCUCACUAGCCUCUGUUGAUAUUAUCAUCUCUGAAUUUGCCAUGUGUUUAGUAUAUUAGAUACCAAAACUUUAAAAUAUCUCAGGAUCUUGUUACAAAUAAAUGGUAGCCAAUCUAUAAAUCUUAAUGAGUUCAAUUUGUUUGAUAUUUUGUGUCAUUGAGAAAUAGAUUGCCCUGCCAUGUGGUGCUUGAAUAUUUAUUUAGCUGCAUUUUCUAUUUGCAUACAGACAGCCAUUUUAGUUCGGAUUGUUCCCCUUAUUUUUGUGACAAAGUAUUUACAUAGAUAGAAUAAAUCUCAUUAUAUUCGCUUUAUAUGUUUGCAGAAUGAAUUUGUUUUGCCAAUGUUAGAUCUAUUCUUUUAUGCAGUACACUUUAACUUUUACAGAUUUAAUGCGUUCUGCAACAUAAUGUAUAUUUCCAUUAAAAUAUGCUUAUAGAUUUGUUUAUUUUAUAUUGUUUGAAAAAAAAGUGGUUUUCAUGAUGAACUUUUUUGCUUAAUUCAGAUGAACUUUAUGGUAUAACUCAGAUUAAGGGUACAGAUUAUAAUAUUAAGAGCAAAUAUGAUUUAAAUGUCAUAAUGUUAUGAUCUGUGAUUCUGUAUAGAAAGCAUGUUUAUAAAUAAUUUCCCUUUCCUUUUUCCUCAUUAAUUUCACUUUUUGUGUCUGUUGUCAGGGAGUAGGUUUUGUACACUUUUUUUUUUGCUUUUCAUGAAAUGCUUUUGAAAUUAUAGUAUAGAUCAAUUUAUGUUUGUAAUUUUAAACUAUGAGAAUUUUCACUCACACUAUUGUUUAAUCACAUCUAUGCACUUCAUGAUUAACUGGAAAGAAAAAUCAUAUGUACAUGUAGUACAAGGUUAUAUUCAGAAUAGACUGAAUAAAUUUGUACUUGUGUAUGUAUAUUUAUCGCAGAAACCAUUAUAAAUCAUGAUCUCAAGGAGAAUAUAUCAAUGUGACUGAAUAUAAUGCAACUCUUUGAAAUAAGCCCUUAUGAAUAUUUUCCU